GUUUCCUUUACCUGAUCAGUAAACAUGUCCAUGGAUCUGCUAUGGUGUGAGGACUGCAGCAAAAGCCUUAUAGGAGAAUGCAGACUCCAUGGACCACUCUUCAGGGUUAAAGACAGGGUUAUUCCCAGUCGAGCCCGCCUUACCCUACCUCACUACCUCACUUUGCGAGUGCUGGAGCUGCGAGCUGGGAACCAACAGAUCCUUGGAGUGUUUGCUAAGAAAGUUAUACAGAAGAGAACACAAUUUGGUCCUUAUGUUGGGAAACUAUCUACAAAACUUACGCACUAUGAUGACAACAGGCUAGUUCUUCAGGUAUUGAAAGAUGGCGGAAAGUACUUUCUGGAUGCUCCCAAUGAAGACUGUGGUAACUGGAUGAUGUUUGUCCGACUUGCCCGGAACCAGGAAGAACAGACCCUUGUAGCCUAUCAGUACGCUGGAGAAGUCUACUUCACAACUGUUAAGCCAAUUGAACCCCACACAGAAUUAAAAGUGUGGUAUGCUGCAGAUUACGCCAAGUUUAUGGAAGCUUCUGCAGUUGUCAUCAAAGAAGAAUCUGAUAUCUGUGCUUUAUCACCAGUUUUAACAACAAGAGAGUGUGCCGACGCCUGGAUAUGCUCCAAUUGUAGUAACGUUUUUGGGACUUUAGCUCUGCUGGAAUCUCACCAAUGCAUCACUAAAGACAAAGCACUUCUCACCAGCUUCAGACCAGCAAAUAAAUUAGAACCUCUAAAAGCAAAGGGCAAAACCAAAGGCAAACUGAGUGAAACUGGCAUGGGCGCAAGCAUUGUCCAGUGCUAUGGGGCCAUUUCCUGUUCCCCUAGUGCAAAGUCUACCUGUGCCAGCUCAGGAAGUGUUUGCGGUUCCAUUGUGAGAUUUGUGCCUACAUGGAGAAAUAGUCAAUCUUCACUACUAAAGGAAAGAGAAGUGAAGCAGCCAGACAGUUAUCACUGCCAACUCUGCGGGAAGAUAUUUGUUUCUGUUGAAAAGCUCACAGCCCACACUUAUGCCCACACAGGAGAGCGUCCCUACAGGUGUUCCCAGCAGGGAUGCACGAAAGCUUUCAUUUCCAAAUACAAACUGAUAAGGCACUCGGCCACCCACUCUCCACAGAAAUCUCAUCAAUGUGGUUACUGUGAAAAGACCUUCCACAGAAAGGACCAUCUGAAAAAUCACCUUCAGACUCAUGACCCCAACAAAAUGGCCUUCAAGUGCGAAGAGUGUGGCAAAAAGUACAACACCAAGCUGGGUUACAAACGACACCUGGCUCUUCAUGCAGCCACCAGUGGUGACCUUACCUGCAGGGUGUGUUCCCAAGAGUUUGUUGGCACUGAAGUGUUGUUAGAACACCUCAAAACUCAUGCAGGGAAGCCAGGCAGCAGCACCAAGGAAAAGAAACAUAAGUGUGACCAUUGUGAACACUAUUUCUAUACACGCAAAGAUGUGCGGCGUCACAUGGUGGUUCACACAGGCUGCAAGGACUUCUUGUGCCAGUUUUGUGCCCAGAGAUUUGGGCGCAAGGACCACUUGACUCGCCACGUGAAGAAAACACAUCCACAAGAGCUGCUGAAGGGCAGGUUGCAGAAUGGUGACUUGCAGGGUCUCUUUGCCCCUUUCUCUCCAUUCAGACUGAAGGAAGAUGCCAGUAUCCUGUCCUCUUUUCCUGAGAGGCCUUCUAUGCAGCAUGGGCUUCCGAACACAUUAGAAGCAGAAGAGUACAGCAGCCCACAUAUUCACUGUCAACAAAGCCUCCAGUCUACUCAUCCCUUUGAACCUCCUCAUUUGCUAAGGAUGAGCUGUGUAGAUAGUCUCUCAGCCACUCAUUCUAAACCAUCUCCACCAUCAAUUCCUACCAACCAGAAUCUUCAUCGGCACAACAAAUAUGAACUGAGUACUACCUCAUUUGCACCAACAUCCCUCAAAAACCUACCCAUGGAAGUGGAUGUUAAAGCUCAUAAUGUGAAUUUACUCGAGGAUCUGCCUUUACCAGAACCUCACAAAGUCAAUCUGGAAGAAGCUUCCUCGGGGGCUGCAGGUGAUGCUGGCAAGUACAUAUUGCACAAGGAGACUGUGACAACAGUUGAAUCUAUUAGCAUGCCCUCCAUGGAUCUUACUCAUAUACUGGGUUUCUGGCAGUUCCCUCAGAGUGAUAUCCAGAAUAACAGUGGGGACAUCACAAUGGCAUUUGGUCAGGAGGAAGCACCACACAGGCUGAGCUGCCUCAGCCAACAGCAAGGCGCACAGCUAGCUCUGGGUGGAGUGGCCCUAAAUCAGCUUCAUCAUGUCCCUCAUUCUUUUCCAUCUACUAGUACAAAUUCUGUAACAUUGCCUCAUUUUCACCAUGCAUUCAGAUAACUACCACCUUUUUUAGGGCUCCUUUUCAUACCCAGAUUUGCAAAGGAGGAAAGCCCUAAACCAUCUCGAACUUUUAAAAAGGACAUUAUAAACAUUGUAGAAUGUUCCAGGAAGUAACAGAAUGAAUAGAUGUAUUUUAUAUAAUACUUUACUAGUUUCGUAGCAUAUGACACUUUCAACAAUGCCAUAUUUUCCCCUCAAUACCCUCCAUGUUUUUACAAUUAAACCAAAUAGUUGAACUAGUGUUCUUCAGUGGAAAUACAAAUGUAUCUAUAACAGGCACAAAACAUGAUGGCUGCUAUGGGGGUGAGGGUGGGAAACAUAACU